AAAACUCGUACUAUUUCUGACAGAGUACGAUGUCACGUGAGCGGUGAGUGCAUAAUAUGGGAGUGUAAUACUUAUGUAAAGAAAAAACAUGAAUAUCACAAAAAAGUGGAAAAAAUGGAAAGUGGCAGAAAAAUCACUCAAAUUUGUUCUCUACCUCAAGGUUAUUGACGGAGUUAGCUAUGAGAUGAAUUGGUGGAAUUCAUUGGAGAAAGCAGGCAACAUUUCAAAAUUUGCGAUCACAGCCUUAAAAAGUGCCCAGCAAAAAAUAGAUGAAGUCCUCGAUAUCACGGAUGAAACUACUAAUCAAAACGCACUGCCUACGCCAUUGAAAUAUUCAACUAGACAAGUCGACGCAACGGAAACAUUUUUAUCUUUUGAACUAAAUGAAUCAAGUCGUUGUGAACCGAAACCGAGUGGGUUAUUUUUUGAUGUUGUGAUGCUUAGUUCUUGAAAGGUUUGAUAUGUUGCUUUUAUUUUACGUCUAUUGUUCGUACCAUUUGUACAGAGCAAGUUAGAGAUGAAGAAUAAUGAAAUAUGACGAAAAAAAUGCGCCGUACAUCUUCAACUGUUUGUAUUCGAUAGUUUAUGGAUCUCUAUUCUGUUUAGGACUGUUCACGGGCGUAUUUCUAGAUGUAAUCUGAUUACGACUGCUGUGAAUCAAAGGAAUCUAUUUUUCUGGACAUCUUACUUUAAGUAUGAAAUCUUUAAACCGAAAUGCUGAGUGACCCUGUUGUCCUUGCCGCCAUAAUGUCGUUUAGACAAUAAAAAUCUGAGUGUGAAGUAGGCAGCGAUUGCGGAGAUUUGGAGAGAUCUUGUUCAACAAGAUUAGGAAGUCAUCACUCACCUCUUAUGGAUUCUCUGGAAAAAGUUGUUUACGAUCAAUCAGACAAUUUCGCAUCCAGUGAUUCCGAUAAGGUGCUAACUGAUGAGAACAUUAAAACUGAUGAGUUGUGGGAAGUAGAUUCUACAGUAGUUAAUGAUUGUUCUACUGUCACUGAACAAAAAACAUCACAGGAUUUAUGCGAAAAGAAGUGUGAUGCACCAAAAGUAACAAUUUCUUUGGAAUACAUUGCACAAGAAUCAGCUGUUGAUGUAAACUCGCAAUUAUCAUCCCUAGAAAAAGAAUUUCAGUUAGUGAAUAAAUCAAUUCCAAAUGAAGAUAUUACCUCUUUGCAUCGUUCUUCAUCUGAUAUAGUACUACCAUUCACUGCUCAACCAGUAUGUGCCGAUGACGAUUUUGAUACUAAUACCACUAGUUCGGAUAUUGAAGUAAUUUCGUGUUGUAAUUCUACACAUGGUGGUGAAGUCCACGAGUUACAUUCUUCUAAUACACCUACUAUUAUGUCUCCUGUUAAAGAGCCACGUUUGUCAUCGGGAUUCAAUCAAAACUCACUUGUUUUGCAAAAAUAUUCUCUUAGAGGAUUUAGUGCUCCGGUUGUUUUAAACAAAUGUUCUAGUGGUCCUGAACAUCGUAGAUCUGUUAGUGUUUCGCAAGAUUUAUGUAUGGGUUUGCAAAAGACUAUUGACGAUGAUUUGACAUUUGCCUAUCAUGACCUCGCUAAGAAAUUCUCCGAUGUCAAACAUUUACUAAAUGUUCGUGAAGCAAAAAUUAUGCAACUUAGCCAUGAGAACAACGUACUACAGAAUUCAGUCUCAAUAUUGCAAGAGCAAUUAAAAACUACACUGACCACACAAGAAAUUGUCACUACUGAUGUGUCCAGUAUUACCUCAGAGUUUUCUCAACGUUUAUCAGAUACAGAGAAACGAUUACAGGUUGUUUGUCGUGAACGAGACCAAUUGAAAAAAAGUUUAUCAUCAGUGAAACAAAAAAUUCCGGUGAUCACACGUGCUGUAGGUGAUGAUAAACCUUUUGUAAAUAAUGAUAUAAAACGUGUAAAUGAAUUAGAGAAUGUAAUUUUGCAGAAAAAUGAAGAAAUUGAGAAUUUAUUAAAAGAAGGUCAUAAAUUAUCUGCUGAUCAGUUGAAGACAAAUAAUCUAUUAAAAAAGCUUCGUUCAGAACAGAAAAAAAGCAAGCAGACAGAAGCAUCACAUUUGAAACAAAUUGAACAAUUAACUGUUGAAGUUCAACGGCUGCGAAGCAGUUUAGAAAAUAAGGAAGAGAUACUUGGUAUUCAACUAGCCAAUUCUACUAAACAAACGAAAGUGAUAAAUAAUUUGGAAGAACAACAAGAAAUUCUUAAGAUUCAAAUCAGUAAGAAUGAAAUUAAAAUAUCUGACCAAAAACAGGAACUGGAGACUCUCAUCAAUGAAAAUUCAGAGUUGAAAGAACAAUUGAAUCAAAUUCACUGUCAUUCACAAGCUGAAAGUCAAUGUGUCGAAGAUUUAGAAAAAGUAAAGGCUGAAUGUGAAACCUUAAAACAGAAAUUGAACAGCAAUUCAAGAGAUUUACGUGCAUUUAAAACACAACAUGAAGAACAAGCGAUUAAAUGGAGAGAAGAAAUUCAGUAUUACCAGGGUUUGUUGUCUGACGCACAGUUGAAAAUUGAUCUAUUGAAUGAAACAACUACCACUGCAACGCAACCAAUUAUGAAACAAUUAGAAAUUCUUCAAUCUAAUUUCAAUAAUCAAGCAUUUGAGUGGGAAACAAAAGAAAGACAAUUGAAUAAAUUAUUAGCUGAAUAUAAACUUACAGCCGAUAAUGCUCAAACGUCUGAAGAAUCAUGGCGAAGUCAGCUUCAAAUAGCAGAGGAUAAUUUAGCAGUGGCUAGAUUAGAAUUGAAUUCUUUAAAGCAGAAAUAUGUUGAUUUGCAGAAAAUAUUUACAGCAGAACAAGAAAAAUCACAGGGUAGCAUGUUCGAUUUACAAGAAUUAACUGUCAAACUGGAAACAUCUAAAUCUGAAAUGAAUGAAUUUCUUUCUCGUAUAAGUGAAUUACAACAAACAUUGUUAUCUGAAGAGCAACGUUAUAAAACAUUAGAAGCGGUGAAUAAUAAUUUAUGCUUGCAACUAGAAGAAAUGAAAUUGGCAAAAGACCAACUUGUGGCAAAUAAGGUCAUCGAUCAACCAUUGAAUUCACAUUCACCUGAACGAAAAUCUUCACUCAACAAUGAUGUAGUCAGUAUUCCAAAAACAUUUCAACUUCAGUCUGAUAUGAUCAAUCAAGCAUCUAUGGAAUAUUUUCAAUCUCAUCUACAUUUGCGCGAAGGUGAAUGUGCUCAUUUGAAACGUGAAAUUGAACAAUUAACAGCCACACAAGAGAAAUUAUUAACUGAAGUUGCUAAACAAACAGCUCGAGCUGAGAAAUAUGAAAAGUUAGCAGGUGUAAAAUAUACAAAACAUGUAAAUAAAACUUUAUCACAGUCAGAUCCAUUCGCUCCUACUACAAAUAAUUACCAUAAUCAUGAUAUUGGCGAUGUAAUUGAUGACAAUGAUCCUACAAUGGAAUUACAACAACGUUAUGAAACUUUAUUGAUUUUAUGCGGUAAAUUAACGGAAGAAAAUAAUGAACUUAAAUUAGAUCUAGCCGAUGUUAAAGAAAUGUAUAGAGCGCAGAUUGAUAUGCUUUUAAAAAGUCAAUAGUUCUAUCACUUCUGUUUGCUGAUUGUCUGUGAUAUUCAAUGAAUUAAAUGCAUAAUUUAAUGUUACUCCGUAAAUGAAUUUACACUGUUUCCAAGACGUGUUAUGUGUUAUCUUUUUUUACAAAAAGCAAUGCACAAUGUAUGUGUUUGUAAAUUAACUCAUGAUUUCAGAAAGAACUAAGUAUAGUUUUAUGUUUCAUUCUACUAAACUUUUGUAUUCGAUUUCGCAAUGUUUUAAGUUAUAAUGAGAAUUUAUUCGUUUCUGUCAGUUUUAGUGUGAGUAGUGGUCAUGUUAUUUCCACUUUAUUUUUGUCUUGGUUUUUUAAACUGUGCUUGAUUACUUUUUAAUUAUAACACUUUUUCGAGGAGACGUUUACAUUGAUUCAAACGCUUAAAACGUUGUAUUCCAAAAUCUACAUUAUUUUCGAAUAUUUAAUUUCUAUUUAUUCUUCUUAGUUUAUCGGUAAUUGUUCGUCUUGAACGUGUAUCUAAUUUCAGGAGUAAACAAUUUGGAAUAUAAUUGGUGUAUAUAAAUA